GCGCAACAAACAAGCCCAAGCCAAGUUUAUCAAGCAACUUUCCCCCUCUACCCGUUCCACAAUGGCGACGAUGUCCAUGAUGGUCGACAGCGACAGCAUGCUAAUGGACUCGAUCCCGCGUCUCCGUUGGAGCCCUAAGAACAACCGUUUCCACUUCAAUAUGCCGGUGGCGGCCGAGCCAGGCGAAAACGGAUUCGUACUGCUGCAGGAGUACGAACACACGGACUCGCUUAACUCCAUGAAGCUACCGACCAAGGAGCGCCACCACCUGGAGGAAAUGGAGCGCAUCAACAACCUCAUCAACGACGUGGAGAACUCAGUGCAUCUACACGAGACCGUCAAGGUGCUGGAGCAGAAGCGUAUGCACCACGACGAGUACCAUGAACGCACGAUCAAUGACGAAGAAGAGCGGCCACAGGGCCUCAAGAAGAAGGAUAGUUUUCGUCAGCGACAGCCGCCUAAGCGCUCGUUCGAAGGACGGCGACAGAAACCCACGCGCAUGGGCCGCGUGCACCAGCCCAAGUAAGCGACGAUUGAAGCUGAAAACAAGAGACACCCGCGAUGGUUUUCACUGAGGAAUCCCCUUUGAGAUACGGUGAAAACAUACAGAAAAAGAAGACAAGAAGGCGGGCGUGAACUUCUGCGCCAAGAUGUAAAGCUAUCAGAAACACGGCAGAAGUUACAUGUAAUAAUACAUUUCCCAUUUGGCUGCUGCGA